AUGCCCCUGGAAAUAGGCAACUUCGGGCUGGCCCUCCAGCCCGUUUUUGCACUAAGUGCUUUGACCGGCGCGUUUCCUGCCUCCAAGGGCACUGUCAGGAGCAAAUUUAACUUGUGUGUCCUCUCAGCGCUGUCAGCUUCCUUGUUCUACGCCAUGUACAGAUUUUCAAAGUUUUUCCUGCAGUCUUGGAGGGAUCACGACAAGAGAGAAUCGACGCUGAACCUGACCAACGUGUUAAUCCUAUCAGCGAAUUUCGUUGCCGGAAUGGCGAUCCCUUACACCACCUUGAUCAAUCCUGAGAGGGUGCACCUGAUUCUGCGAGGUAUGCAGAAGCAGGCGGGCCUUCUAAGUUUUGAUCAGAGCCCCGGCUACCGCGGCCUGCGGCGCAGGGUCUGGGUCAAGUCAGUCGGCUCGUUCGCCUUCAUGAACUUCCUGUUCGUCUACGAGCCGUUCCUCUGGCCCGACUACUUCCUCCUCCUCGACCUGAUCGGCCGCCUCUGGUCCUCGGUGGCUAUCGCUCUGGUCGAGGCGCAGGUAGUGUGCAUCUGCGACUCUUUCAAGCAGACGUUUCUUUUACUGAACACGCGUCUCUCUGCAAACGGAGCGAACGUGAACACAUUGAGGAAGGUCCAUGACAACCUCUCCGACUGUUUGUCCCAUUUUCAGGAUCACUAUGGGCUUUUUAUUUUGAGCAACGUACUCUACCUGUUUUGCUCCGUAACGUUCGGAUUGUACUUUUCAAUCAUCGGCAUGUUCCAAAACCUACCCAACUGGGAGAUAGUUGUGAAGCAGGCUGCGGUUUCCAACUCAUGGCUGCUCUACGCUAUUUACAGGACGGUUAAUUUGACGUGGCUCUGCGGUGAAUCCCUUCAAGAGGCGAAAAGAACCGGGGUAGUUCUCUGCAAGCUGCUCCAUUUUCCUUUAAAAUGCGAAAGAAGGCGAGAGGUCAUGCAAUUCUUGCAGCAAUUGAGUCACCGUUCGCAUGAAUUUCGCGCCACAGGAGUACUGCGAAUGGACAAUGCAAUGCUAUUAGAGAUGCUUGGCGCAGUAACAACUUAUUUUGUCAUUAUGGUGCAGUUUCAAAACUCAUUGUAGUCAAAUAAAUUUAAA